CGGGGCGUGGGCUGAGCUCAGCGCUUGGCUCCGCUCCGGGAUCCCGGGCCGGGAAUGUCGCUGCGAGCGCGGAACGGGGCGGCUGCGGAGCGGGGCCCCAUGGAGGGCGCCGUGCCCCCCCCGGGCUGCGCGGCCACGUGGACGGAGGACGGCCGGCGUCGGGAGCGGCGCUGGGUGAAGUACGACGGCAUCGGGCCGGUGGACGAGACGGGGCUGCCGCUGGCCUCGCGUUCUAGCGUGGAUCGGCCCCGGGAUUGGUACCGCAGGAUGUUCCAGCAGAUCCACGGCAAGCUGCCGGAACCGGAGUGGGACACACCGUGCUGCACUGCAGAUCUGCAGACAUCUCAACCCCCCCCUGGAUCCUCCUGCGCUGCCCAACGGCUCGGAGCGGACCCCGUGGGGCGACGCCGAUGGCACCGCGGAGCCGGGCAGCAUCUUCAGCUAUGGAGCCCGGCACGGCGCCGGCACGGCGUGGGCAGAUGGGAGCUCACCGUGGGGCGCCCCACAGCAGUGUGGGAUCCACGCACCGUGACCCCACAUCCCCUCUGCAGCCCCCCGGAGCUGCGCCUGCGCUGCAGCCCAUCGGGAGGGGUUACGGUGCUGCCCUGCCCCACAGCCCCCCUGCGCCCUGCGGGGGGACACCAGGACGCGGUGCUCUGUGGGGUGACCUUGGGAAGUGGAGCCCUUGCGCUGCUCUUCCAGGUGCAGCUGCAGCGGGAAUUGGAACAGCUGAGCGCUGAACUGGAUGAGGACAUUCGUGCCAUGGAGCGGCUGCAGCGGAGCCCCGCUGCCCGCAGCGCCCGCAGAGCAUCGCCGACCCCCACGGCACGGCUGAGCGUGCUGUCCCCCCAUGGGCUGCAGGGCCGCCCUGCUGUCCCCACGGCGCAGGAGGGGCCGGGGGGCUCCAUUGAGCAGAGCGGCAGAGGUGAGAGCCCCCCCCGCCCCCCCGCCCUCCCCAUUGCAGUGGAUUUGGGGACCCCCGCAGCGCCCACCCGCGGUGCAGCACAGAUGGCGGCCGCACGCCUCAAGUUUGACUUCUGUGCCGAGUCCCCCAGGGAGCUGUCGCUGCGCAGGGGCGACGUGGUGCUGCUGCACGGCGCUGUUGACGCCAACUGGCUGCGCGGGGAGCAUGGCGGCCGUGUGGGCAUCUUUCCACGCACAUACGUGGAGGUGCUGCCCCACGGCGAAGCACCGCAACCUGGGACCCCAGCGGCAGCGCAGGGCUGUGCGACAGCCGUGUUCAGCUUCCAUGGGGAGCUGCCUGUAGAGCUCAGCUUCCGCAGGGGUGAGCAGCUCUCCCUGCUGCGCCGCAUUGACGCCCAUUGGUACGAAGCACAACCUGUGGGCACUGGGCGCCGUGGCCUGGCUCCCCGCUGCUACCUGUGUGUGCACCGCGAGCCGGGGGGCGGCCCCACAGCCCCGCAGCCCCCAGCCCCACAGGUGGGUGCAAAGCAGGGCCCUGCUGACCCCGCCGGGCGCCCCGCCCUCCCCUCGGCACCAGGAUCUCGCCCCCCCCGCCGGCCCCACUGCACCGAACCCCUCUGUGGGGCCCCCACGAGCAGCCCCCAUCCGCAGGAGGACCAGCCCCGCACCCCCAGCCCACCUCCCCCACCUCGGCUCCGAGACCCGAUGGACCCCGUAAGUUUGGGGGGUGCCGACGUCCCGCUGUGGGUCAGGACCCCCCCCGCACUGUGGCUGCCCUGCAGGCAUCGCGUGCUCUACGACUACCGACCCCAAAACGGCGACGAGUUGGAACUGAGGGAGGGGGAGCGCGUGGAUGUGCUGCAGUGCUGCGAUGACGGCUGGUUUGUGGGAGUUUCCCAGAGGACGCAGCAAUUCGGGACGUUCCCUGGGAACUACGUGGCCCCACUGUGAGCCGCUGCCACCCCCACACAUCUCUGGGGCCAAAGGGCCUCCAGUUCCUCCCACCCCUGUGGGGCCCCAAGCAGCGGCCGAUCCUGGGACCUCGCUGUGCCCCUGUGCUUCCAUGCCGCCUCCCUGCCCCACUGCUGUGGGUCCCAGCUCCGCUUCUGUCCCCCAUUAAAGGCAGCUCAG